UGCGACUGAUUCAAUCGACCCAUUCGACUGUCGACUGAGCCAAGAGUUAUCCGAGCCGUUGCCAGAAGCAGAACCGGUCAAAAAGUGGCAAAGCAACACACAAAAAGCCAACACAACAAGACCAAACAAACAAGUUUAUUCCGUGGAAGAUAGUUCGCAGCAGCUGGCUAGAGUAUUGGAGUUUUUAGACUACGCAGUAUAUUAUCUUGCAGCAGUCUCUUUGCCUUCUUCAGGCUUGUGUAAAUUUGGGAGUGUGAGGUAUCCAGUUGACGGAAGAUUUUUUUGCAUCAAAUAAUCGACUAUUACAAUUCGUGGAUACGAUUCGAUUCCAACCCCCAAGACGGUCGUAUUGCCAUCCGAUAGAAAAGGCGAAAGCGACAUUGACUGACUGGUUGAUAUGAACAAGGAUCAACGGUAUAGUCGGAUCGAACGAGACGACUACCAUGAUUCCGAAGUGACGGGUGUGGAAUCCCAACCGUACCGCGAUGACCCUCGCCAUGACAACAACAACAAUCAUCAUCACCCUCGAGUCCAUCGCAAUCCAUUGCAGCGAUCUCAGAGUUCACCACUGAGUACUACACCUGACAAUAGUGAACGCGACGAUGAUUCCACUAUGUUGCAGCAACGAAACAGUGGUGACCAAAGCAGCAAUAGUAAUAAUAUCAACGGAAGCAACCACAGCUACAAAUUGCGCAUGAGACGGGCAGUCAGUCCAGCGGGUACUCGAUCCACCGCUACCGCUAGCAGUACGAACCGAAGACUCCCCAUGUCCAGAGAAGGAAGUUCAGAAAAUAUUGUCAUUUUAGAAGGAUUGGGUCACAUCGAUCGUCAUCGACAUAGCCAUGGGCGCAAUGGGGGAUCCAUCACGUCUCCUCCACGGCCUGCGAGACUCAACUAUGACAAACACAAAAACAGUGAUGAUGGGUCCUUGUCUCUUGGAGCAGGCGGAGGUGGCGGAGAAGACGACGAAAUGGAGGAUCACGCAUCAGCCCAUGCCUCUGGAAGUAGAGAGGACGACGGUGACGCUUUAUUUUGUGCGUCGCAUGGAUCCUCCUUUGACCUUCUAGAUGAUGAAGACGAAAUUGCCGUUCAACGCUAUCACCGGGAUUAUUUUGGUGCAUCUCCGUAUCAAGAUGAACUAGGAACAAGUGGUUGGGAUCCAGACGACGAUAUGAUGAUGAUGACUCCCAACAUGUAUCAUCCUCGUACAGAAUCUACUGGAAGCAACAGCAAAGAUCCAUGGAUACGCAUGGUACAACAGCAACAACAACAAUCACCCACCAACGGAAUCAUGCCAUUUUCAGCCAUCCAUUCCAUCUCAGAUCUGUUGCUAUACCUACGAGGUGUUCGACGUCAAGCGCGGCAAAGAAGAGCCCAGCGAUUGCUUACCAUGCCCUCGGAACAAUGGUUCGAACGAUUGCAGUUCUGUUUCAUGACUUAUUGCUGGGAUGCUACAGAUGUUGGAUUGCUCGUCGUGGCCAUCUUGUUGGUCGUAUGGUUCUUUGGACUCUUGUGGUUGGCCAAAAUCGAUGCCCGAGCAACAGCCGGCACACCAGAAACCCAAAACACCGGUGCCGAAUACAAUGCGAAUGCCGAGUUCGAUACGGAUUACGAAACUAAGGGUGGAUCCUGGCGGCUCAUGUUCCAGUGGUGGUGGUGGGGAUUGGGAUUUGUUCUGCUCGUGCGAAUCCUGGGGCCCUUUGCCGUGCAAAAUGUUAACAAUCGACGAAGAGAAAUUCGACGACAGCGAUUCAUGUCUGGAAACAUGCAUGAUCAACAACGAAGGAUGCAUCAGCAGCAACUUCCGACCAUUAUUGGAUCGCCCAGCAACGGCGAUGCAAACACAGGGCAGCAGGAGUCAUCGUCGGGGGUCGAAAUCACCGAAACAAAUGGAGGAUCGAUGGUGUAGACGGUGAAUGACAUUUUCGAGGACUCAAUCAUGGAUUGAUUUGUUCCCCUUUGACGAGACAAGAGAUUUUGACAACACGCGGCACUUUUAGAACAUGCAAUGCCACACAGAGCAUUGCUAUGGAAGAUAUAUUUUAUAGACAGCAUACAGUAACCCUUCUGCGUCUGGU